AUGCGUUUUACCACUCUCACCCUCGCCACGCUCGCAACCCUCAUCUUACCAUCUCUCGCCGGUCCAGCAGCGUACGGGAUUUGCCAAGCUGGCUGCUCUGCCGUAGUCAUGGCCUGUUAUGCCGCUGGAGGUGCCACAUGGGGUGCCGCCUUGGGAGCUACAGCCCCGCCAACUAUCGUUGCUUGCAAUACCGCUUACGGAAUUUGCUAUGCAGCUUGCCAUGCCGCGAUCUUUGCGCCAACUCCAUGA